UUCGUCUCCCCUGGUCUCCGGGAGUGUGGGCAGGGCUGUCCCGGGGCUUCCGUGGGCCCGGCCUCUCCCACUCCGGGAGGAAAAAGCAGGGGAAGCCCCCGGCGCCCGCCGCCCCCGGAGACCCGCGGAGCCCCCGGCCGUGCAGGCGCUGAAGACGAGCUCGGGCGGGGCCCCGGUGCGUCGUGCCUGUCGCCGUCCGUGUCCGGAGCGGCGGCUCGCGCCCGCCCGCUCGGCGCCCCGAGCCCCCCGCCCCGGGCCGUAGGGGCCCCACCCUGCGGGUAGUAGGCGACGGCCGGCCCGGGACGAGCGGAGCAGCCGUCGCGGGGCCUCGCCGCGGCCUCUAGCGCCCCAGCCCCGGGGAAUGCAGUGGCCCCCGGCCCCUGGCGCUUCUCCGUGUCUAAGCUGGGCCUCCUCGCUCGCCUGCUCCGCGGCCACGACGCUCCUGAGCCGCGCCGGCCGGGCCCCCCUCAUGGCGGCCAAGUGGUUCAAGGAGUUCCCCCUGAACCUGAAGACAGUGUCGGAGCGGGCCAAGCCCGGCGGCGGGGGAGGCGGCAAAUUGCGCAAGAACUCGGAGGCGGGCGGCGCGGGGCCCGCCCCGGGCAAGGGCCGAAAGAACUCGGCGGCCGAGCUGGGGAGCAGCCGGGCCGGGGUCGGCCCCCCAAAGGAUAGCCGGUUAUCCCGAGACAGCCUGCAGGGUCUGAUUCAGGCCGCCGCGGGCAAGGGCCGCAAGAACUCCCGGGCCACCGAGGAGGAGCCCCACCGGGGCGCGGCCAAGAGCUCAGGCUGCAGCACCUACAUCAACAGGCUCAUCAAGGUGGACACUCAGGAGAAGAAUGGGAAGAGCAACUACCCCAGCAGCAGUAGUAGCAGCAGCAGUAGCAGCAGCAGCCCUUCCUCCGCGUCCUCUUCCCCUUCCUCCCUGGGACCCGAACUGGAGAAGGGCAAGAUUAUUAAGCAGCAAGACACGGUAAGAAUACAACCUCCCUUGGACCACCUCUCCCCUACUGAAGCGGAACAGUGGGAAGGGAGCAUCGUCAACCCGCUAAACUCUAGGGUUCUAAAUACCUCAGAGAAGGUCAUCAUUUUAGAAGACUAUGCUGACCCUUAUGAUGCUAAACGGACGAAAGGCCAAAGGGAUGCAGAGAGAGUAGGGGAGAACGAUGGAUACAUGGAACCCUAUGAUGCACAGCAAAUGAUAACAGAAAUCAGACGACGAGGUUCCAAAGACCCCCUGGUGAAGGCUCUUCAGCUGCUCGACAGCCCCUGUGAGCCAGGGGAGAACGGCGCAAAGCCCGAGGCGCUGGCCAAGAGACGGAGCUCCAAGGAGCUGCUGGGGAAGCCGCCGCAGCUGUACGACACGCCCUACGAGCCGUCGGCCGAAGGCGGCCCGCGCGCCGAGGGGCUGGAGCGGAAGGCGCGGCUGCCCCAGGACGACGAGAGGCCCGCGGCCGAGUACGAGCAGCCCUGGGAGUGGAAGAAGGAGCAGAUCGUGCGGGCGCUGUCGGUUCAGUUUGAAGGCUCUGAGCGACCUUCCGUCAAGGAGGAGACAGUGAGGCAACACCACCGACAGAAGAGUUGGACCCAGAAGAUCCUGAAGCCAACCCUCUCUGACCACAGUGAGGGGGAAAGAGUGGACCCAGCCCUGCCACUGGAGAAGCAGCCUUGGUAUCAUGGUGCCAUCACCCGUGCUGAGGCUGAGAGUCGACUACAACCCUGCAAAGAAGCUGGGUACCUGGUUCGAAACAGCGAGUCAGGGACCAGUAGGUACUCCAUUGCACUAAAGACUAGUCAAGGAUGUGUCCACAUCAUAGUGGCUCAGACCAAAGACAACAAGUAUACCCUGAAUCAGACGAGUGCUGUCUUUGACAGCAUCCCGGAAGUGGUACACUAUUAUUCCAAUGAGAAGCUGCCUUUCAAGGGGGCAGAACAUAUGACCUUGCUCUACCCUGUGCACAGCAAGCUGCACUAAGGUUCAGCCACCAAAAGCCCCAGCGGGGCCUCUCACACCUAGGAGGGCAUCAGCACCCAACCAGUAUCUCAGGGGACAAGGCUGGACUGCACCAUAAUAUUUUGGAGGAAGUGGGACGCUUCAUUUAGGAGUCAAAAAGUCUUCGGCCUUGAAUCCAUUCCAUGACACUUGGCUACUGACCUGUCCCUUUUCUCCUUGCUAAACAGUUCUACAAUGAGAAACCAUAAUUUAUCAGUUGCCUCCAGUCCUGGCGUAGGGUGCUCUAUUUGGGGCGUGACCCUCAGGAAAGGUAAGUCAGGAGUCCAGAAAUAUUAAGAUUCUCCAAAAAUGUGCUAGUUGUUCCGUGGAAUACCUGGUCUCCAAACAAACCAACAAAAAUGCACUUGGCUUUUACAUAAGACAACAAAAGAUGAUCAUGUGGACCCAAAGAGCAUGUAAUACAGGACCCCUUCUUGGGGGAAAAGCAUGAACAGUGGAAAAUAAGUAAAUAGUGGGCACUUUGGAGAAAGCUAUAUUUCACUCUUGAGGGUCCUAGUUCAGCUCCGGAGUCCAUAAAAAUUCACAACUGUAGGGUCUGGCAAAAGGAUUAUUAAGAAAGUUUGUGUUUUCUCAAUUUCUGUGGACCUUUUCAGCAAAUCAGUAAUAUAAGCAUAAAUAAGAAGGAAGAUGCCCCUGAUUUAAGAAUCACCAAUAUAAUUAAACAUUGGCAGCGUUACCAUUAUUCUGAAUUAUAGAAUAAAAUGCACAACGAAGAUUUCAUUUCUGAUUUUUAACAAAUCUGAAAAUUUACAAAGCUCAACAACUGUUUUCUUAUUGAAUAAUUAUACAGAACUUCUGAUAUCUUUUGUUUCACCUUUGUUCAUUUUAGUUAUUGGAGCCAUUUUUAAUUUUUAUCCCUAAAAUUGGAUUCGCUUUGUAUUUUAGAGUAACUUAAAAAUAUAUAUAUAUAGGGAGUUCCCUGGCGGUCCAGUGGUUAGAACUCCACAGUCUCACUG